UUUGCAUGUUCUCCUUUCACAACAUAAUAUCGCUCUCUAAAUUCUUUUGUUGACACCGUCUUUUUGAGGCCAUUGUUUCUAGUUUUAAGAAAAUGGCAAUUGAGCAACACAAGGAUGUAGAGAGUGGAGAAGCCAAUAAUGGUCUUCAGUGUUUGCAAGAACCCUUCAUUCAACCAGAGGAGGCUGCUUAUGAAGCAGAUAAAAAUGUGGAAAAUGGAUCCAUUGGAAUGGUUUUGCUUAGCACGCUUGUUGCUGUUUGUGGUUCUUUCACAUUUGGAACUUGUGUGGGCUAUUCAGCACCCACUCAAGCUGCUAUCAGGGCAGAUCUUAAUCUAUCCCUCGCCGAGUUUUCCUUGUUUGGUUCUUUAGUGACCAUUGGUGCAAUGCUUGGGGCUAUAACCAGUGGCAGGAUUACGGAUUUCAUUGGCCGGAAAGGGGCAAUGAGGAUUUCAACAGGAUUUUGCAUUACAGGGUGGUUAGCUGUCUUUUUCUCAAAGGGCUCUUCCUCACUUGACUUGGGAAGGUUUUGCACAGGGUAUGGCAUUGGAGUUAUCUCAUACGUGGUUCCCGUAUAUAUAGCAGAAAUAGCACCCAAAAAUCUUCGAGGAGGACUUGCAACAACAAAUCAGCUUUUGAUUGUUACUGGAGCGUCAGUCUCAUUCUUAAUAGGAAGUGUCAUAAACUGGAGAGAACUUGCACUAGCUGGGCUAGUGCCUUGCAUUUGCUUGCUGGUUGGUUUGUGCUUUAUCCCCGAGUCCCCCAGAUGGCUGGCAAAGGUUGGCCGUGAAAAAGAAUUUCAACUAGCUUUAAGGAGACUUAGGGGUAAAGAUGUAGAUAUUUCUUAUGAAGCUGCUGAAAUUCUGGAUUCUAUUGAAACUCUUCAAAGCCUUCCUAAGACUAAGCUGUUGGAUUUGUUCCAAAGCAAAUAUGUGCGCUCUGUAGUUAUUGGAGUCGGGUUAAUGGUAUGUCAACAAUCUAUUGGAAUUAAUGGCAUAGGAUUCUAUACAGGCGAGACUUUUGUAGCAGCUGGACUUUCUUCAGGAAAAGCGGGCACCAUAGCAUAUGCUUGUAUGCAGGUCCCAUUUACUGCAUUGGGAGCCAUUUUGAUGGAUAAGUCUGGAAGAAAACCUCUUACAAUGAUUUCCGCAACUGGGACAUUCUUAGGUUGUUUUGUUGCCGGAAUUGCUUUCUUUCUCAAGGACCAAAGUUUAUUGCUUGAGUGGGUACCUACCUUAGCGGUUGCUGGUGUGUUGAUCUACAUAGCAGCAUUUUCAAUUGGAAUGGGACCAGUUCCAUGGGUGAUAAUGUCUGAGAUCUUUCCCAUUCAUUUGAAGGGAACUGCUGGAAGCUUGGUGGUUUUGGUGUCUUGGUUAGGAGCUUGGAUAGUUUCAUAUACUUUCAACUUUCUUAUGAGCUGGAGUUCUCCUGGUACUUUUUUCUUGUAUGCUGGAUGUUCCCUCUCAACUAUUCUAUUUGUAGCAAAACUAGUCCCAGAAACCAAAGGAAAAACUUUGGAAGAGAUCCAGGCUUGCAUUAGUUCAUAGAGAAAAUAUCGAAAUAAUGGAGUUCAUUAAUUCAACAUCUUAAUCAUCUAUUUGAAGUGGAGAGUUCAAGCAAAAAAGCAGAGAAGGACCAUGCAAAAUCAUUAUUCAUUAGCAUCAUUUAUCAAAUUCUUUUAGAUCCAUUUAGGACCUUCAAGGCAUAAAAUAACAGAAGUUGCCAUAUUCAUUUUUUUAUCCAUAAAAAUAAUAAUAACAACGUAUUAUUAGCUUAUUUGAUAAGAAAAAUAAUAUACAUUCUGUAACACUCUGCCUCUGCCUCUUCUAAUUUUCUUUAAUGGAUUUGUUGUUUAGUAUACAAAAAAUA